CAUGGCUGCCAUGAAGAAAGCACUGAUUGCUGCUGCUGUUGCUGCUUUUGCGGCUUUCAUUGGACACCGAUUUCUUAAACUGAAGGAAAUGAGCCUCGCUGACCGAGAAGUGCCUGUGAAACAUCUCAACUGUCAGUAUUUAAAGAACAUCGAAUAUGGGGCAGAGGAUAUCACAAUACUAAGAGAUGGACUGGCAUUUCUGAGCACAGGGUUGAAGUAUCCUCCACUGCCUUCAUUCUCUGAUGAACCAGGGAAGAUGUUCAUUGUGGAUCUGCUGCACCCAAAGCCAACCCCAGUGGAGCUGCAGAUCAAGGGAGACCUGGACCUCAGCUCCUUCAACCCUCAUGGCAUUAGUGUAUACACUGAUGAAGCAGACGACUCUGUGUACCUGUUUGUCGUCAAUCACCCUCAGCACAAAAGCCAAGUGGAGAUCUUUCAUUUUGUUCAGGAGAACAAACUCAUGCACCUAAAAACGAUUACCCACCCCCUGCUCCACAGUGUAAAUGACAUUGUUGCAGUCGGAGUGGAGAGCUUCUACGCCACAAAUGAUCACUACUCUCGAAAUGAAGCAGUUAACUUUCUGACAGUCAUCCUGGGCCUCCCCUGGUGUGACGUGGUGUACUACAGUCCAGAGGAAGUGAGGGUGGCGGCCGGCGGCUUAUUGUCCUCAAAUGGCAUCAACAUAUCGCCUGACAAACGGCAUGUUUAUGUUUCAGAUAUCAUGGCCCAUGAGAUAUAUGUUUUUGAGAGACAAGAAGGGGAACAGUUAGUGUAUCUUAAGUCUGUAGGCGUUGGGUCACUCUGUGAUAACAUCGGUGUGGACCACAGGACAGGUGACCUAUGGCUGGGCUGUCAUCCAAAUGGCAUGAAGUUGUCGAUGUAUGAUCCUAAAGAUCCACCUGGUUCUGAGAUCAUCCAGAUCAAGAACAUUCUGUCAGAGCAGCCGCUGGUGAGCCAGGAGUACGCUGAUGACGGCCAUGUGAUCAUGGCCUCCACUAUAGCAGCUCCCUAUGAGGGGAAGUUGCUCAUCGGCACAGCUUUCCACAAAGCCCUAUGCUGUGAUUUGAAAUAAUCUGUGUAUUCUGUAUCUGUGAUCACCACUGUUUAAGAAUAAAAAUGAAGAUUUGGAUAAAUAUUUAAUGAAAAAAACCCCAGAAAAUCAUGAUUGAUAAUUUGCAAAAGAAAAGAAGGAGAUUAUUUAAUCUGAUGCUGGCUCAUUGUGUGCAGCCAGUAAUGGAAAGUUUAUUAAAAUAAUGUAAU